CCCCGUACUUGAUAUUCAUGUGAACUUGUUUGUGAUUGUGUUAGAUAAAUAGGUGUAUAAAAGGAUUAUCGUGUAAGUAUUGUUGUACUGUGCGAAUAAACAGCCAUGAAGUGGUCGUGUUUUGUUUUUGGGAUUGCGCUAACUCUCGCAAAUGCUGAGAGAGUUCGUAGAUAUAGCGGAGGCGGCGGCAGUGGCGGGGGCGGUGGCUUCGGCUUUGGAGGCGGAUUUGGUGCCGGCGGAGGUGGUGGAGGCGGGGGCGGCUUUGGGGGCGGUGGAGGACUAGGUUUAGAAGCCGGACUAGGCGCAAUAAAACAAGGUGUCCAUAGCAUCAUUGACAAGGCUGCAAGUUUCGGAAAAGGUGGCUUUGGAUUUGGAGCUGGUGGGGGAUUAGGCGGUGGAUCAGGAGGAGGUUUUGGCCAUGGAGGUGGUUCUGGUCUAGGAGGUGGUUCUGGCCUAGGAGGUGGUUCUGGCCUCGGAGGUGGUUCUGGCCUCGGAGGUAGUUAUGGCCAUGGAGGUGGUUCUGGCCUUGGAGGUGGUUCUGGCCUCGGAGGUGGUUCUGGCCUUGGAGGUGGUUCUGGAAUUGGAGGUGGCUUAGGUGGAGGAAAAGGUACAGAGAAGUUUAUACAAACGAGUUCAUCCGAUGGAAAAUCUGGAGGGUUCGCUUUUACUGGAACACUUGAAAAUGGGGGCUACGGAGGAGGUGGUGGCUACAGCAGCGGCGGAGGAGCAGGUUAUGGUGGCGGUGCUGGAGGUGGUUUAGGAUCAGGCGGAAACGAAAAUGGCGGAUUCGGGGGUCACAGUGGAAGCGCUGGAAGUGGAUCUGGCGGCAUCGGAGGAAAUGGUGGAUCUGGAAGUGGGUCCUAUGGAGGUGGAAAUGGCCUUGGUGGUGGAGCUGGGGGAGGAUUUGGAGGGGGUUUUGGCGGGGGAUUAGGGGGUGGUAAAGGAUCCGGUGGUUCCAGCGGUUCCUAUGGGGGAGCUGGAGGUCACGGAGGUUCGGGUGGAAAUGGCUUUGGAAGUGGAUCUGGUGGACUAGGGAGCAGUGGAGGUGGCUUCGGAGGAUCGGGUGGAGGUCUUGGCGGCGGAGCUGGAGGUGGAUCCGGAAGUGGUAUCGGUGGUGGUGUCGGUGGAGGUCAUGGUGGAUCCGGUGGCCUUGGCGGUGGAUUAGGUAUAUCAGGUGGAUUUGGAGCUAGUUUGGGCAGUGGAGUAGGAGGUGGUAAAGGCUAUGGUGCUGGAGGCGGUGCUGGAGGCGGUCUUGGAGGUGGAUCUGGAGGUGGAUUAGGAGGUUCUGGUGGUCAUGGAAACGGCUUUGGAGGUGGAUCAGGUGGUCCAGCGAGUAAUGGAGGUGGUUUUGGAGGAUCAGGUGGUGGAUUAGGAGGUUCCGGUGGUCAGGGAAACGGCUUUGGAGGUGGACCUAGUGGUCCAGGUGGUAAUGGAGGCGGUUUCGGAGGAUCGGGUGGUGGACUUGGAGGAGGGUCUGGAGGUGGUUACGGUGGUGGCUUGGGAGGAGGAAGUGGUCAUGGUGGAUCUGGAGGUCAUGGCGGAGGUGGCAACGGAGGCGGUUCUGGGGGAUAUGGUGGAAAUGGUUCAGGAUCAGGUAGCAAAGGUUGUUCCGGAGGGUGUGGUAAUUGUGGUAGUGGGUCUUGUGGUGCUCAGGGCUCUGCCUAUGCCAGCGCUUCGGCUACUGCAAGUGCUAGUGCCCACGCUGGUGGAUAUGGAAAAUAGAGUCAUAAAAGACAAAGAAUUUUUUUUCCAUUUGAAACCCAAUCAGUUAGGACACGUCUAUUUCAAAUUUAUGAAUAAGUUACGAAUUUAUUAUUUUAAGAAACGAUACCAUAACAUUGAUUAUGUAUAAAAUAAUAAUUGUUAAUUAAGAUUGUUUUCAAUUACAUGUAAUUAAAUUAAAACUAUCAAAAAUAUUGUAAUGGACUAAAAGCUGUGAUUUAAACCUAAAGUAGAAAUAAGUUAUUUAACAAUUCUAAUAAAACUUUUUUAUGUUUA